AUGAAGCUAAUGGGUACACACAAUAACAAGAAGAAAGAAGUCUCUAACAGUAACUCUUCAAGAACAUCUCCUGUCCGUCUUCAGGUUUCAGAUGACACCGAAUUCUCCAAGAACAGCUUGUUAGCUUCUAAACCUGACUCAGACGAUGAUGAUAAUGUGGCGACUUCAACUACGGAUAUAGAAGUAGCUAAACUGCCAAUUGCGCCGGUUUUGGACUUAACCGAGAGCAAUCAUCAAGCCACGAGACAUCAAUGUGAGGAUGUUAUGAGAGAAAACGAUCAACCGAGACCUCAGCAGUUUAAAAAGGUUGACUUGAGCAUUGCUCUGAGACCUCAAGAAGACGAAAAUCUGGAUUACGACAGUAACGCUAGCUCCUCAAGCUUCGAGUUUCACGGUGUUCGCGGUGACCGUUCGAAUCAGAAUCACGUCUCAAGAGCAUACCCUUCGAGACAAAUGCCAUCCAAAUGGAAUGAUGCUGAGAAGUGGAUAAUGAGCAGACAGAACAUGGUGAUGAGGAAGCAUGGUCAAGGGAACAGAAUCCCCGUGAGAGUUGUGCCUGAUAAUGCAGGUUACGAGCUUAACAAAUCCAGGCUACAUCCAACUCCAGCUCAAGGAUAUGGAGGAAGUUUGUUGAUCGAUCAAUCCACACAAAGCAAUGAUCUUGUGGACACAACAAAGGAUGCAUCAGCUGUUCCUGCGAUUCGUUCUGUGUGUAUGAGAGAUAUGGGAACUGAAAUGACGCCAGUACCGAGUCAAGAACCUUCAAGAUCUGUGACACCAGUUGAUGCAACGACUCCUUUUCGCAGCCCGACUUCUUCUCUGCCUUCAACUCCUAGAGGAGGAGGGAAACAAGAAGAGUCUUCUUUGUCACAAGACACAAGAAGAGAAAUAUCUGAGGAGGAAGUGAAAGCGAAGACGAGAAAAGAGAUAGUAGCUCUCGGAGUUCAACUAGGGAAGAUGAACAUAGCGGCUUGGGCAAGUAAAGAAGAAGAGGAGAACAAUCACAAGAAGAAAAGUGUAGAUGCAGAGGAGACGCAGAGGAUUGAGUUUGAUAAACGAGCGACUGCGUGGGAAGAAGCAGAGAAAUCCAAACAUAAUGCAAGGUAUAAGCGUGAGGAAAUCAGAAUCCAAGCUUGGGAAAGUCAGGAGAAAGCCAAACUCGAAGCAGAAAUGCGACGUAUUGAGGCUAAAGUUGAGCAGAUGAAAGCUGAGGCAGAAGCAAAGAUGGUGAAGAAAAUCGCAAUGGCGAAGCAAAGGUCGGAAGAGAAACGGGCUUCAGCGGAAGCUAGACAAGCCCGUGAUGCCGAGAAGGCAGCAACUGAAGUCGAAUAUAUAAGGGAAACAGGUCAAAUACCGGCUUCAAGUUACAAGAUGUGUUGUGGUUUGUUCUCAUGA